AUGGCCGCUGUUCGACUCUCCCUUUUCUUCCUCUUCCUCCUCCUCACUCUUCCUUCUCUCUCUUCUUCUUCCGACACCGACGCCCUCCUCAAGCUCAAGCAAUCUUUCACCAAUUCUGCUUCUCUGUCUUCCUGGGUCCCUAAUUCCUCCCCCUGCCGGUGGGCCGGCAUCAUGUGCGACAACAACACCAUCAUCGGUCUCCACCUUUCCGACAUGGGUCUUUCCGGCAAGAUCGACAUUGACGCUAUGCUGGAGAUUAAAGGCCUUCGAACCGUCAGCUUAGUCAACAAUUCCUUCUCGGGUCCUAUUCCAGAGUUCAACAAAAUCGGUGCUCUCAAGGCUUUAUACUUAUCAACCAACCAAUUUUCAGGGGAGAUUCCCUCGGAUUUCUUCUCCUAUUUGAACUCACUGAAGAAAAUCUGGCUUUCUGAGAAUAAAUUCUCGGGGCCCAUCCCCAAUUCCAUAUCCCAGCUAGACAUGCUCCUAGAGAUUCACCUCGAGAACAAUGAAUUUUCCGGACCCAUCCCACCUCUGUCGCAAAGCAUCAAAUCGCUGGACAUGUCCAACAACAACCUUGAAGGUCCAAUCCCAGAGAUUAGCAAAUUCGAGGCUAAUUCCUUCAAGGGAAACGAGGGGCUAUGCGGGAAACCUCUAGACAAGGCGUGCGACCAGCAGGGCGAGAGUAAAAAUUCUUCCGGCCACGUCAUGUUGAUCAUCCUCUUCAUCGUCUGCUUGAUCAUCGCAGUCGCGCUGUUCUUAGUGGUUAGGUCAAGGCGCCGUCUAGACGGCGACUUCAGCGUGCUGAGCAGAGAUAGCGUGGACGAGGUGGUGCAAGUGCACGUGGGGAGCUCAACCGAAAGCAGAGAAUCGGAUUCGAGCCGGAGGGGGACGGGUUCAAAGAGGGGCGUGCCCAAGAGCGGGAACGCGGAUCUGGUGGUGGUGAAUGAGGAGAAGGGCGUGUUUGGGUUGCCGGACUUGAUGAAGGCGGCCGCGGAGGUUCUUGGAAACGGAUCAUUGGGAUCGGCAUAUAAAGCGGCCAUGUCGAACGGGUUAAGUGUGGUGGUGAAGAGGGUGAGAGCGAUAAAUCAGAUAGGUAGAGAUUUUUUCGACGCCGAGAUGAGAGGCUUUGGGAGAAUUAAACAUGCAAACAUCUUGACCAUUUUGGCAUACCACUUUCGCAAAGAAGAGAAGCUCAUCAUCUCAGAGUACAUGCCCAGAGGCAGUUUGUUAUAUGUUUUGCAUGGUGAUCGGGGAACAUCUCAUGCUGAUCUGACCUGGCCCGUGCGUUUGAAGAUAAUCAAGGGAAUUGCACAAGGUCUUCGCUUCCUUCAUUCCCACUUCUCUUCCUACGAUCUUCCCCACGGCAACUUGAAAUCCAGCAAUGUCCUCCUCACACAAGAUUACGAGCCACUCCUCUCUGAUUACGCCUUGCAUCCGCUUCUCAACCCCAAUUCUUUCAACGCAUUAUUCGCCUUCAAAUCCCCAGACUACGUUCAGCACCAGCUAAUUUCCCAGAAAGUCGACGUCUACUGCCUCGGAAUCAUCAUCCUGGAGAUCCUCACCGGAAAAUUCCCUUCUCAGUAUCAUAGCAACGGGAAGGGCGGCACCGACGUCGUGCAAUGGGUGCUCGCUGCAAUUUCUGAGAGAAGAGAAGCAGAAGUGAUUGAUCCUGAAAUGGCAAACACCCCUAACUCCUUAGAUCAAAUGCUGAAAAUUCUCCAAGUCGGAGCCGCUUGCACCGAAAGUAACCCUGAGCAACGAAUUAACUUAAAUGAAGCCAUUAGGAGGAUAGAGGAAGUACAAGUCUAAAAAGUCCACAUGUCAAUAUAGCUUAGUUCUUCAAGUUGGGUUUGCUUGCGGGGCAUGCGAGGUUGUAUAUAUGAUCAAACGUUCAGCCAUUCAUGAUUGAUUUUUUUUUGAGGAGGGCAUAGCCACCAAUUUAACGCAGGCACAGAACAGCAGAGAAAGAGAAAGAGGUAGAGAGGGAGCGAGAAAGAUGGAACAUGGCUUCACAGGCACGAAUAUCUUGGCCUUUCUGGAGGUUAUAUGGACGCCAUUGAUGCAUGAGAACUCACGUAAAAGAGAUGGAUGCAGCAGAGGAUAUAUUGAAGAGAGGCGAAAUGUGGUACCUAUGGGAAAAAUCAAUGUUUCGA